CAAUAAGAAAGUAAGGUGUGUUAUGUGGACCAAUCCAAUAGAUUGGGGUGGGUGUUCGUACAAGUCUCCUCCUCUCUUCAACGAAUUUCCAGUGACGAGGAAAGAAGACCAGACUGAACUGAGCUCCAACAAGAAGAAGAAGAAGAAGAAAUGGGGGCAAUAACGACAGCAUUGAUAGCAAUAGCAGGAGUGGUUCUUGGAUGGAUCACCAUAGAAAUGGCCUGCAAACCUUGCCUCGAUAAAGGUCGCCAAGCAAUUGAUCGCUCUCUCAAUCCAGAUUACGAUCCCGACGAUGAAGACGAAAACAACGCCGACCUUCGUGCUCCUCUUAAUCCCAAUCCCAAUCCCGAUCUUGAAAAUGUUAGUACCGGAGACCAAAACGCUGCCGUUUCUUCCUCUACUUCUGAUGCAAUCAAGGCCGUCUGAUCAGAUCCACCCAAUCUAAAUAAUUUAUUAUUAUAUAUUAUUAUGAAUUUAUUAUUUGUAUUUAUUUUCUUUACAAAACAAAUGCCAGCUAUAUUGUCUAAAACUACUAUUUUUAUUUAUUUUUUUUUUUUUUGAAGGAAAAAAGUUUAAUAUUUGAAGUGUAGUUUUUCUUUAUUUGUAAUAAAAUUGUUUGAAUGAUUUGUGUA